AUGUUUCCCUUACGUCCCUGUACGGCAGCAACCAUGAGAUUUAUUCUUUGCAACCUGCUAUGUAGGACAAUGAAGAGAAAAGGUUAAUUAACCCCACCCAUAAAUAGGCACUCCCCCUAGAAAUCACCAGUGUUUUUUUGUCCUACCUGCGUAGGAGAGUGAAGGUUUGUUGUCCGUUACUAAUUAUUUCUUUUCUUUCCUUCUAGGGCUGUCAAGUUCCAGGUCUCCAGGAGACUUGAUGACCAUAGGAUUGAACUACCCUAGGGGUAGAAGAUCCGGAGGCUGUGAAGGGGUCUCUUUGGUUAUGUUGCCCUCCAUGAGGAAUUUUUUGUGCAGCCGAGGGUUUGCCUUCUUCAAACAUGGAGACGACUAUUCCACUGUGGGACGCAUGGACGCCAGGACGCGCGCGCGCGGUAAGACGCGCGUCGGAACGGGCGCGCGCGCGUCAGAACGGGCGCGCGCGCGUCAGAACGGGCGCGCGUCGGAACGUGCGCGCGUCGGAACGGGCGCGCGCACGCGAUGACGUCACGAAGAGCGCCAAUUACCAAAUGAAGCUGAGGCUAUUUACAGGUAUGCAGUGGUAUUCUCAGCGCAGUUCAGACAAGGUCUGCAGAUCUGCUGGUGAUACUUUUGAACUGUCUCCUCUGCCUAGGCUGCAGCCUCUUGGGCAGGUUGUAAGAUGUCCAUCCCUCCUCAGCAAGAGAUUCCUGUUGCUAAGAAGCAUAAGAAAUCGAAACACAUUCAGUGUAGAGCUUGUGAUACUCCGCUUCCUGAUGGAUGUGACAGGAGAUUCUGCCAGGAAUGUUUGGCGAGUUUGGCUCAGAAGGAUACUAUUACUCCCUCUACAGAUUGGAUUAAGGAUGUUGUUAAGACUUCUUUGAAAGAAAUUUUAGACCAGAUGCGAGUGGAUCCGAAUACACAGUGUAAUGUUGUUGCUGAAGAUUCUCCCUCAUUAGCCAAUCACUGGUUCUUGGAAGAUACGGAGGAAGAUUCAUCAUCUGAGGAGGAGGAUGAAUUAGCUCUUUUUUCUGUUGAGAAUACAGCAAGAUUAGUUAAGAAAGUAAAAGCUACCAUGGAUAUUGCUGAUGAGAAAGAUUCCCAGAGUUCCUCUUCUUCAGCUAAAAGAUCAAGAUCUUUCCCUGUUCAUCCUGUCAUGAAGGAACUCAUGGAAAGAGAGUGGAAAAAUCCUGAGAAAGCCCCAUCCAUUACAAAGAGACACAAGUUGUUGUUUCCUAUCCAAGAAGAGGAGCUGGAGAAGUGGGAAUCUCCACCAAAGGUGGAUGUUGCGGUAGCAAGGCUAUCAAAGAAAACGGUCAUCCCAGUGGAAGACGGGUCUGGCCUAAAAGAUCCGAUGGAUCGGAAAGUGGAAAGCUUACUUAAACGCUCCUAUACAGCGGCAGCGGCUUCCUGUAAGCCAGCUUUAGCAGCCUCAGGGGUAGCUCGCUCCUCAAGAUUCUGGCUAAGACAACUUAUUGAAGACAUAAGUAAUAAAGUUCCUAGGGAGGAAUUGCUUGGAUCCCUAUCUAAAAUUUCUACAGCAGUGGAUUUUCUGUGUGAUGCAUCUAUUGAAGGGAUAAAAUUGGCAGCCAAAGCUAUGGCAUUAUCUACUGCAGCCAGACGGGCUCUAUGGCUGAGAACAUGGCCGGCAGAUGUUAUUUCAAAGAAUAGUCUCUGUGCUAUGGCCUUUGAGCCGGGUCAUCUUUUUGGGGCAGAACUAGACAAACUGCUAGAGUCACUGUCAGGAGCCAAAAGUAAACGAUUGCCUCAGGAGAACUUCAAUAAGAGAAAGAAGAACUAUUUUUUUCGGAAUAGACGUCCCUCACCGAAAAGAGACUCCUUUCAGAGAAGCGGAAAGAAAACAGAAGUUAGUUCCUUCCACUCCUUCAGAGGCAGAUACAACAGAUACAGAGGAGAGAGUAAGUCUGCUGAGCAGAAAAAGAAAACAUCUUUCUGACGCCAGAAGUGGUCUUCCGGUGGGAGGAAGAUUGAGGGCGUUUUAUCAAGAAUGGGAAGAAAGGAUUUCAGAUGCUUGGAUCCUGAAACUGAUACAAGAAGGAUACAAAGUAGAAUUUCUUUGUUUUCCUCCACACAGGAUUCUUAUAACACCCAUUGCAUCGCCAGUAAAACAGGGAGCUUUAGAGAAGGCAAUAACAGAAUUCCUUGCUGCCAGGGUUCUCGAACCAGUGCCUCCAUCCCAGGAAUUUCUAGGUACUUACUCAAGGGUUUUUUUGGUACCAAAACCAAAUGGGAGCUUCCGCACAAUAAUAGAUUUGAGGUUUGUCAACCAGUUCAUCCAAAAGUUGGCUUUCCGUAUGGAAAAUAUCAGAUCGGCUAUAAAGCUCUUAGAUCAAGGAGACUAUAUGGCUUCUUUAGACCUCAAGGACGCCUAUCUUCAUGUGCCUCUUUUCAAGGACCACAGAAGAUUCCUACGAAUAGCUCUGUACAUGGGAGGGGAGCUUCGUCAUUUUCAAUUUCGUGUACUGCCCUUCGGAAUAACAACAGCUCCCCGAGUGUUCACCAAGAUUGUAACAACAAUGGCAGCUGUAUUGAGGGAAGAAGGGAUUACGAUAAUUCCCUAUCUGGACGAUUGGCUUGUCACAGCUAUAUCAGCAUCCCUGCUUCAGAAACAUUUGGACAGAGUGAUUACCUUCCUUGUACAACUAGGUUGGAUAAUAAAUUGGGAGAAGUCAUCGUUACAUCCAUCCAGAGUAAUGAAAUUCCUGGGGAUGGAAAUCAAUUCAGUCAAGAUGAAAGUUUUUUUACCACCAGAGAAAGUUCUCAGUCUCAAGCAAUCAGUCCAACAGAUCAUUGCCAGACCGCAUUCCUCUCUCAGAGAAUUGAUGAGGGUGCUCGGUCUUAUGACAGCGACGAUCGAUGCUGUACCAUGGGCGAAAUUUCACAUGAGGCCCCUUCAGGCGGAGGUUCUCCUCAGAUGGGAUCGCCAGCCUUCUUCCUUGGAGAAGAAGUUUUUUCUCAGCAGAGAGACGAGACACCGGCUUCAAUGGUGGCUUCAGGAUCUCAAUCUUACACAGGGAUUAUCUUUCCAACAGAUGAAUUGGUUAGUUCUCACAACAGAUGCUUCCCAAUCAGGAUGGGGGGCCCAUCUGAACCAAUUAACAGCACAAGGUGUCUGGAGUCCAAUGGAAAGGACUAUGUCAUCAAACUUCAGAGAAAUGAGAGCAGUCUUCAAGGCAAUCUUGGCGUUAGAACGACAUCUCAGAGGGAAACAUCUGAAAAUCAUGUCAGACAAUUCUACCACAGUGGCAUAUAUAAACAAGCAAGGGGGAACCAGAGCUCCCUUAUUGAGCAAGGAGAUACGGAAGAUUAUGGAGUGGGCAGAGACCAAUAUACCCAGUAUUAUGGCUGUGCACAUAAAGGGAGAGAACAACAUCUUAGCAGAUCAUCUAAGCAGAAAUGCAUUCAGACCGGGGGAAUGGUCUCUGAAUCAAGAAAUAUUCUUGAAAAUUACGAGACGCUGGGGACUUCCAGCUAUAGAUUUAAUGGCGACCAGGAAAAAUCGCAAGCUGAGAACGUUCUGUUCCCUGAACAGGCAGGAUCACCCAGAUUUCCUAGACGCGAUGUCAAUCAGGUGGAGUUUUCACCAGGUCUACAUAUUCCCACCAAUUUCCAUGAUCCUCAGGGUCAUUCAGAAGAUCAAGGAGGAACAAGUGAAGACCAUCUUGAUAACACCUUUCUGGCCAAGGAGAGUCUGGUUCUCACUGUUGAUGAGGAUGGCCAGGAAGGAAUAUUGGGUCCUUCCUCAAGUUCCGAAACUCCUGACUCAAGGUCCAAUUGUUUGCCACGACCUCCCCAGACUUCGGCUAACGGCCUGGAAUCUGAUAGGUCCCUUUUAGAGUCACAGGAUAUUUCCCCGGAGGUAAUUAAUAUCCUUGUACAAUCUAGAAGAGAUUCUACAAAUAAGAUCUAUAGCAGGAUCUGGAAAGUAUUUAGAGCCUGGUGUAGCGGGAAAAAGGUUGCAAGCGACCAGCCUUCAAUUCCUAACUUGUUAAAAUUUCUUCAAGAAGGUUUCGACAAGGGAUUAGCAGUUAAUACAAUCAAAGUUCAGAUCUCAGCUCUUUCUGCUUUUUGGGGUAAAUCCCUUGCUUCAAUUCCACUUAUCAAAAGGUUUGUAAAGGCCAUAUCUAAGAUUCGACCUAAGAUUUUUCAACCCCUUCCUUCUUGGGAUUUGGCACUUGUCCUUAAGAAUCUUUGUGUUUCCCCUUAUGAGCCAUUGGAGAGUUGUUCUAUAAAAUGUUUAUCUUUCAAAGCUCUUUUUCUAGUGGCCAUCACUUCAGCCAAACGUAUUGGAGAAUUGCAAGCUCUGUCAUCCAAAGAACCGUACUUGGUUUUCCUUCAAGAUCGGGUAGUUUUGAAACCUCUUCCUUUCUUCAGACCUAAAGUGGCAUCCUUAUCCAAUACUAACCAAGAGAUCAUAUUACCCUAUAUUAAUCAAGAGACUCAAGAAAAGGACGAUCAGCUUCAGUUUCUUGAUGUGGGAAGAAGUCUAAAAAUAUAUGUGAAUCGCACCAAGGAGUUUCGUAAAGACGAAAAUCUAUUCAUCAGUUUUGCAGGGAAGAAUAAAGGUCUAAAGGCUUCUAAACCAUCUUUGGCAAGGUGGAUUAAAGAGACGAUUCAGAUGGCAUAUAUCAAGGAAGAUCGUCUUCCUCCAUUCCAGAUUGCAGCUCAUUCGACAAGAAAAAUGUCCACGUCAUGGGCAGAAGUCGCAGGAGUAUCUAUGGAUAAUAUCUGCAAAGCAGCAACAUGGAGUAACCCAAACACUUUUGUGCGACACUAUAGGGUGGACAUCUUAGCUGCUCAGGAAGCUUCCUUUGGCAGUAGGAUCCUCCAGAGGGUGAUAUAACCUUGGAACCCACCCUUAUUGCUCGCUAACUCUCAUGGUUGCUGCCGUACAGGGACGUAAGGGAAUGAGUAAAUUUAUACUUACCGUAAUUUACUUUUCCCUUAGUCCCUACGGCAGCAAGAAUUCCCCGCCCAAAUAAUAAAAGAUAUUAAGCAUUAGGUGUUUUCUCAUUAUUUCACUGGUGAUUUCUAGGGGGAGUGCCUAUUUAUGGGUGGGGUUAAUUAACCUUUUCUCUUCAUUGUCCUACAUAGCAGGUUGCAAAGAAUAAAUCUCAUGGUUGCUGCCGUAGGGACUAAGGGAAAAGUAAAUUACGGUAAGUAUAA